AAGAGUGAAGUGUGAAGACAUCUAGUAUUAAAAAUUCAACCGACAUUUCACAAGAUCUCUCCUCUCUACUUGUCCUUAAUUAAUUCAGCUAAAUGUCUUCUUUACCUUUUUCUCCUCACCUGCUCCCUCACUCACUCUCACAAAUCUACACAAACUCCGCAUCUUCUUCUUCUUCCCCUCUUCCCGAAUCUUGAAACUCCGACCAAAAAAUGGGCUCUGUGUCCCUCAAAAUCGGCGAUGGAACAGCAAGAUUCAAGAGCGCCACCGUCUGUUCGUCGGCUGUACAUAUUCUCAUGUUAUUUUCAGUCUUGACCACAAAUCUGUUUGCCUUAUACGCCUUCACAUACUCCCCAAAACCCCAUCACCAGAUUCACUUCCUUAGUCACCAUCAUACCCACAAGAACAUCUCUUUAAUCUCCGAACAAGUCUCUUUAAUCCUCAGAGAGAUCGAUUCUUCUCAAAAGAAACUUGCCCAGAUGGAAAAACAGCUUCUUGGAUACGAAAGCAUUGAUCUUUCAACACCCAAUAUGCCAAACGAGUUGAAAUUGUUUCUACAAAGGAAUCAGCUUCCAUUAGGUAAAGAUUCAAGAACUGGGAUCACAGAAAUGGUGGCAUCUGUGGGACAUUCGUGUUACAAAUCCAUGGAUUUUUUGUCGCAAUACAUGAAUUACAAACCGAAUGGAGCUUGCCCUGAUGAUUGGAGUCUUUCACAGAAGCUUAUUUUGAAAGGAUGCGAGCCUUUACCUCGAAGAAGAUGCUUCGCGAAAACAAUCCCUAAGGUUGGUCUUCACCCUUUUCCCCUUUCACUUUGGCGAAAUGUUAGCGAAAAGAUUUACAGUUGGAGUGGCUUAGGUUGCAAGAAUCUCAUCUGUUUAAACAGUAAGAAACUAAAUCGCGAUUGCGCUGGAUGUUUUGAUCUCGCUAAUGGAAAUGAGAAUCAAAGAUUUGUAAAAUCAAGAGGUAAAAACGAUUUCUUGAUUGACGAUGUUUUAGCUUUAGGAAGCGGUGGAAUUAGAAUCGGAUUUGAUAUCGGCGGUGGAUCUGGUACUUUUGCCGCUAGAAUGGCGGAGAAAAACGUCACAGUCGUCACUGCAACUCUCAACAUUGAUGCUCCUUUCAACGAAUUCAUAGCUGCAAGAGGGAUUUUUCCUCUCUAUCUAAGUUUAGACCACAGAUUCCCAUUUUACGAAAACGUUUUUGACUUGAUUCAUGUCGGAAAUGGUUUAGACAUUGGUGGACGAUCUGAAAAGCUCGAGUUCUUGAUGUUUGACAUUGAUCGGAUCAUUAGGGGUGGUGGGUUGUUUUGGUUGGAUAAUUUCCUUUGUUCUAAUGAUGAAAAGAGAAAGAAUUUGACCCGAUUGAUUGAAAGAUUCGGGUAUAAGAAACUGAAAUGGGUUGUGGGAGAGAAGAUUAAUGGUUCAGGGAAUUCAGAGGUUUACUUAUCUGCUGUUCUUCAGAAGCCAGUAAGAGUUUGAAGCUUCUUUUUACUGGUACGACUAGUGUUCUUGAUGGUUUGGUGAUUUUAAUCUAUUAUAUAUUGCGAAAUUUUGAUUGAAUUUUAUGGUUACAUAAAUUUAAAUUCCUUUUAGAAUGCGAAAUAAGUGAUGAAAUGAAAGAAUGCUUGUUCGUAUACCCGAUAGGAAGGAAGUUGUAUGCUAGAAUGUGGAACUUAUUAGUCAAAUUAAUAGUUUAAUACCAAGUUAGAUUCUUGUACUUAUGUAUAUUUUCUUGUUGUUCAAAAAAUUUACUGUCUUGAAGAUCCAUUGAUGAAAUUAUAUUGGAUGUUUAAAAGUUUUAA